UUUCGCUAUCUUGCUUUCGUUAUCUAAUGCAUAGUGCUUGAGAAAUCAUCAGCGAGAGGGAAGUGAGUCACGGAGACCGGCGAGGGAGGGUAAGGACGGCUGGCAAGGUGCCGAAAGAAGGACAGCAUCUCUAGACAAUAUGGCAGCGGAAAAAGAAGUUGAUAUCUAUCGUGACACUCCAGUCCGAUUACUUGGUUAUGCUAAUGAAGUAGGUGAAGCUUUUAGAGCCCUGACACCUUUGUGGUUUGUUAGGUCAACAUAUGGAGUUGCAUCAGCAUAUGUUAUUGCAGACACAUAUGAUAAGUCAACAAAAAUGAGCAAGCAACCAGGUGCUACCCAGCGUGCUAUCACUCAUGCCGCAGUGGACACACUUCUUUGGCAAGCCUUUGCAUCAGUGAUUGUACCAGGCUUUACAAUCAACCGUGUGUGUGCUGCCUCCCUUUAUACCAUGGCCAAGACUAUUCCGAGAAUCCCUCUGACAACAAGAAAAUGGAUAACAACAGCUAUUGGCCUAGGAUGCAUUCCGUUUAUUGUUCAUCCAAUUGAUAGUGGAGUUCAUUUUGUAAUGGAUAAUUCUGUACGUAGGUAUAUGGAUCUUGCCCCAAGAGAGGAAGGUCAGGAAUAAAUUAAUAGAAAAUCACUAUUCAUGGACAGAAGGCUCAAGUAAGUGUUGAUAUUUUAUUUUUUGGUUGCCAAGGAAUGCUUAAAUCAACUGUAUUUGUAUAUUAAAAGCAAAAUUGUUUUAUCUGGUUUUGAAAUUGUCAGCAGUGUAUAAGUAACAAUUACUACUGGAAUUUUAGAUUUUUAAAUAUUUUUGUUUAGAAAAGUAUUUUUUAGUCAAUGGCAGACCGGAGUACAUGCAUGUGUGCCUUAAUGUCUUUAGGAAAAAUAUGUAAAACAUGAUAUAUAUAUAUAUAUAUAUAUAUAUAUAUAUAUAUAUAUAUAUAUAUAUAUAUAUAUAUAUAUAUAUAUAGUGACAGGUUAUUACCUAAAGUUAUUGAAAAAUUUUGGUUCUGCUCAUGAGUAGAUUUAUUAUGCUUACAAAAAUGGUUGUGCAGAAAUCUGAAUGUUGUUGCAAUAUAUUUUAUUUAUGAACAUUACUCACUUGAAAUGUUACUGUUUUGUUAUAAACAUGCAGCAUAGAUGAUAAAGCAGAUACAUUAUUUCUUCCAUACUAAAUACUCAGGGUAGUCUGAAUUGGUACAUACACUUGUUAAGCUGUUUACACCAAAUUUUUACUGCUGUCCAUGAAGUUUAAAACUUUCAAGGUGCUUAGACAUCAAUGAAAUUGACCUUGCCUGUUUAUACCUAUACCUGUUUGUUAUUCCUUUGUUACAUAUUUGAAUGUGAAUGUAGAAAAAUCCUAUGUUCUGUAGAGACUAUUUAUCAUAUAGCAUGAUAUAGAAUAAGUUAUUUAAUAUUGAAGAUGGUUGUUUAGAUGCAACUGCAGAGGGAUGGUAAUGAGUCAGCUCAUUCACUAGUACAAACACACCCUUUUAUAAAUGAUUACACUAUAGCAAUUUGAUAGUAGUCUUAAACUACUUACUUCAGGUUAUAAAAGCCAUUCCUUCAAAUUUUAUUGAUAUUGUUAAUUUGAUAUUUUGUAUGAAAUCAUUGGUUGUGAGAGGACUUCAUACCUCAUGAAUGUUUAACUUCAAAACACAAUAUAUGUAGAUAAAGGUGAUUUCGCUUGUUUGUAUAUAAGAAAAAACGGAAACAGUAAUAUUUUGACUGAUAAUUUUCUACUUCUUUCAGCUCUUUAUUGAUACUAGAUGAUUGGCCUUUCACUAUUUGAUAUGAAAAAAGGCCAUUUUCAUAUGAAAUUUGAAAUGCUAUAUGUCUAUGCUCAUAGUAAUUUUGCUUCCAGCAGCAGUCAUAUUUAGCCUGUUAGUCAUGGCUUUUACAUAGAUAUUGCUCAAUUUUUUUUCAUGAGAAAAUUAAGUAUCGAAAUUGAAGCUAUCAUUACCUUGUAACUUUUUCUCUUUUACAUUAUUUUGGUGUUGUUGUUUCCUGGUGCAGGAAUGGUAUUUUUAUAUAUCGUAAAUCGUUAUUUCACAGCUUAUAAUAUACCUUUACUUAAUGCAUUUUCACUACAGGCUUUGCUGAAACAAAGUAUUUAGCAGUAAAAUAGCUAAAGAAAGAAUAGUCUGGCUUGCACCUAACAGAAUGAAAGAUUUUAAAAAGUAUAAAGUACUGAACACUGUAAGAAGAAAUGCAUUUAACUUAUUAAUGCUAGAAGCAGAUAUAAGCAUGCCUGCUUUGUAAUUUCAGUUUGCUAAUUUUAUUUACUCAGAUGGCUUCACAAAUGCUUAGUCAUCAAGGAGCCUAUUACUAAGCCUGCAUAAUUUAAUCUGCUUACCCUGCUUAAGUUUAAAUUCAGUGACUUCAUCUAGCCACUUGUUACAAGUCUGAUACACUGAAUGAGAAAUGUCUCAAAGAAGACUUCCAUUGUUAUUAUUAUUAGCAGUAUUAAUAAUGUAAAAAUUAUAAUGCCAGUAAUAAUAAUAAUGAUAAUAUUUAACUUGUUAGAUGUCUAACUGCAUUAGGCUUCCUUGAGUGGCAACUCUCCUGGGUGUGUGGCACUCAUGUGCAGUAUCAAAACUCAUUGCCUCAUCUGUGUGAGGUAGUUUACACUUUGUGCAAUAACAGUAGCUCAUAAACAAGCUGUUUCCUUAAAGUUCACUGAGUCAAUUUGAGUCCCAUGAUGAGACAUUCUCAUCACUCAUUACAAGACGUCCAUGUUACCUAGAGCUAGUGGAUUAAUAAAGUUGAUAAUAAUAUUGAAUAUAGACUUUUAAAAUACAAGGAAUCGAGUAAGCAGGUCAGGUCAGGUAGGCCUGUUAUUUGACUCCUUGGUGACUAAGCAUUUAUAAAGCUAUCUAUGUAUAAAUAAAAUUAACCAAACAAAACAACAGUGGAUAGUGCAUAUAUGCAGUGCCUAAGAUUUAAAAGAAUUAUAUUCAAAGUUGUUUAAAGAUGGUAAUUUCUAUAAAAGCAGAAGAGACAAAUCUAACAUCCAUCUAAAAUAUUUUGAUAUAAUUCCCAUUAGCUGAGGACAAUGUCUUGGAUUAUUACAUAGGAUUACUGAUUUAUCUAAGUAACACAAAAAAUGUUCUUUUUGAUGAUAUUAUACAUAGCAAAAUAUUUAUAUUUGCCACUGUGGCAUGAUAAUUCUCAUAGCUUUACAAUAUCUUUCAUCUGAAUGAUAUUUUCCUUAAGAAUCAAACAUAUAUUUAUUUUAUUUUAUCCUUAUAUGCUUUUGCACAAUGCUCCAUUUAAGAAAGCACAUCCUUAAAAGGCUUGUUUAUAUAGACUAUUUUAGAAUUUGUUAGUAGUGUACCAAAACGUCUAGUGAAAAAAUUGGUAGUUUUUUCAGACAG